AUGGAUGAGUUAGUUGUUGGCACUUAUGAGGGAUUUUUAUUAGGAUAUUCCUUGCGUACAGAAGAUGAAGUAACAAAAAUAAAGCAAACAUUUGCAACACACUCACAUACAGCAUCUGUUAGAUGUAUAUCUAUAGCGGGAAAAUUUUUAGCUUCAGGAGGAACGGACGAUAAGGUUGUAGUUAUCGACUUAAAGACAAGGAAAGAGCACACAGUAUUAAUGAACCAUGAUGGUACUGUUAAUACUGUUGCAUUCACACAUAAUGGAACCCAUUUACUUACUGGAAGUGAUGAUGGCUCCAUUAUUGUAACUAGGACUGGUAAUUGGCAAAUAGAAAAAGUUUGGAAAAAAGCCCAUGGAGGACAACCAGUAACAGCAAUUGCAGUACAUCCAUCUAACAAAUUAGCAUUGAGCCUUGGUGGUGACAAGACUUUAAGAACUUGGAAUUUAAUAAAAGGAAGGCCUGCUUUUACUAUAAAUUUAGCCAGCAAGGGUAUAGUUAUGCCUACGGAAAUCAAAUUCUCACCUGGUGGUGAUAGAUUUUCAUUAAUAUCCCAACAAACUGUUGAUAUAUGGAAAAUUAGUCAGGCGGGAUUAGAAAAGCGAAUUACAUGUACGUCUAAGCCUAGUGCUGUACAGUGGACCAGUGAUGAACAAGUGUAUGUUGGACUAGAAAAUGGAAACAUUUUAACUUUAAGUGUUUCCGAAACCCAGGCUCAAACAUACCCUGCACAUAAACAGAGAGUAAAAUGUGUAUUCUUUGAGAAUAAUAUACUUUAUACAGCUUCAAGUUCAGGGGAGCUAAAAGUUUGGUCGGUAAAUGAGAAUAAAUUAAAGGAAUUAUGUUCUACAAAUGCCUCGUGCCGAGUGACUUGUGUCACAUUAAAUAGACAGAGUUAUUUAAUCAAGAAUGAAGACACAGAAGAAAAAAUUGAUAAAGAUGAAAAACUUGAAAGUAAUCCUGAAGAAACUGAUCCAGAAAGUCAUGAAGAUUCAGAAGAAGAAAAUAAAACCCCACGUAAAAGGAAAGUGGGUGCAUUUGUCACCAUUUCAUAUGGUGAUAAUGAAGAAGUUAAAAAAGAUACAGAAUCACCAGCCAAAAAGAAAAAGAGACGUAGGAAUAAGAAACCAAAAAACAAAAAUAAAGAAUAA